UAUACACAUAUGUGCAUGUGUGUGUGUAUAUAUGCAUGCAGGUAUUAAGACAAGUUUCAAGUGAAUAUAUCAAAAUAUUUAAAGAUAUUUUUUAAAUAUUUUUCUUCUCAACCACUGGCUUCAGUUUAUCUGAGUCAUCCAUGGAGGAGCAUACAUCAGAGAAUGGGAUUUGUCUGGAAAACAGAGGAUAUUGCCUGGAAUACAGAUCUCCAUCACAGGGGAAUUCACGCUGCAAAGCUGUGUCCAAUCGAGAAUUCAGUCCCUAAACACACAUACCUCUCAUGUUAUCUCCUAAUAACAACACACAGAUUCUUUCAAUUUUCGGUUGUUCACUCUGCAAUUACUGCCAUUCAAUGACCCAAGCAGGAUGAAUCACAGCAUUGUCACUGAGUUCAUUAUUCUGGGCUUCACCAAAAAGCCUGAACUCCAGGGAAUUAUCUUCCUAGUUUUUCUCAUUAUCUAUCUUGUGGCUUUUCUUGGCAACAUGCUCAUCAUCAUUGUCAUAAUCCAUAACAACACCUUGCACAGGCCCAUGUAUAUUUUCCUUCUGACACUGGCUAUUGUGGACAUCAUCUGCACAACAAGCAUCAUACCAAAGAUGCUAGGGACCAUGCUAAAAUCAGAAACCACCAUUUCAUAUGCAGGCUGCAUGUCCCAGCUCUCCUUCUUCACAUGGUCUCUGGGAGCUGAGAUGGUUCUCUUCACCACCAUGGCCUACGACCGCUACGUAGCCAUUUGUUUCCCUCUUCAUUAUAGUACUAUUAUGAACCACCAUGUGUGUGUAGCCUUGCUCAGCAUGGUCAUGGCUAUUGCAGCCACCAAUUCUUGGGUGCACACAGCUCUCAUCAUGAGGCUGACUUUCUGUGGGCCAAACACCAUUGACCAUUUCUUCUGUGAGAUACCCCCAUUGCUGGCUUUGUCCUGCAGCCCUGUAAGAAUCAAUGAGGUGAUGGUGUAUGUUGCUGAUGUUACCCUGGCUGUAGGGGACUUUAUUCUUACCUGCAUCUCCUAUGGUUUUAUCAUUGCUGCUAUUCUCCGUAUCCGCACAUUAGAAGGCAAGAGGAAGGCCUUCUCAACAUGCUCAUCCCAUCUCAUAGUUGUGUCCCUUUACUAUUCUCCUGUGAUCUACACCUAUAUCCGCCCUGCUUCCAGCUAUACAUUUGAAAGAGACAAGGUGGUAGCUACACUCUAUACACUUGUGACUCCCACAUUAAACCCAAUAGUGUACAGCUUCCAGAAUAGGGAGAUGCAGGCAGGGAUUAGGAAGGUGUUUGCAUUUCUGAAACACUAGUAGUUUCGACGUGGGACAUCACCUCUCUACUCUAGAACCAUCUUCUAGAGCAUCUCAGAUUUUACUGAUCUUUCAUAGUUACCUCCAUUCCAAAUUUCCUCUCUUAUUCCUGCCUUCUUCCUGGAAGUCUCACUGUCUCUAAAGUUCUGUACUCUUAUGUGAAGAAUAUUCAUAAAGCAAUAUAUGCAAUACACUCAUAAAUAUAUAUAAUGUAUAUUCCAACAUUUUCCAAAAA